AAUGUCCAGUGAUCGAGCUUUGAGGAAGCAGCAACAGUUAAACAACCUUGUUUAUGUGGUGACAAAUCAGGCCAAACCUGGUGACAGAAUUGUGGAUUUCUGCAGUGGUGGGGGCCAUGUUGGAAUUGUCCUUGCUCACAUGUUGCCAUCAUGCCAGGUUACAUUAGUAGAAAACAAGGAAUUAUCAUUAAUUCGUGCGAAGAAGAGAAGUGAUGAACUGGGUUUGAGCAACAUUUGGUUCAUUCAAGCAAAUAUGGAGUAUUUUAUAGGGAUGUUUAAUAUUGGGGUGGCGUUGCAUGCCUGUGGAGUGGCAACAGACAUGGUGAUCGAGCACUGCAUAAAAACACGGGCUUCCUUUGUCACAUGCCCUUGCUGCUAUGGUUUCAUUCAGAACACCUCAAAGUUUAAUUUUCCAAAAAGUGAACAAUUCAAGAAAACUUUAUCAUACAAGGAACACAUGAUUCUGUGCAGAUUUGCAGAUCAGACAGCUGUUCAGCUUCCACCCCAACGAAGGCUCAUAGGAAAACAGUGCAUGUGCCUAGUGGAUCUGGAUCGAGCAAGAGCUGCAGAAGAAUGUGGCUACUCAGUUCAAGUGAUAUCCAUGGAGCCUGAGAGCUGCUCUCCCAAAAAUAACAUGAUCGUGGGAGUCCCCAUUUAGAAAAAGAUAUUCGCUUUGAUGUUUUGUCAUCCAUCUUCACAUUGAAAGCCCAGUGACAUUCAGGAGGUUCUUGGCAUAACUAGGAAACAGCAUUAGCCAUCUUGAACCUAUUGUGCUCAGGACGGAAAGCAACAAGAAAAUUUCAGAAGAAAGCCUCCCUGCAAAGCAUCA